CUACUAUCAUCUCUCUCCACUAUUUUUAUAUUAUUAACCCAAAGGAUAAGAACAUGGACUAAAGUCACAGUGCAGUGACACCCACAUCCCUCACAGCAAAGACCUUACCACGAUUCCCAUUGGUCCUUCACUUCCAAUUCGUACCCACCCCCGUCACUGAAUACUUUCAACCGGGGAUGAUUUCGUCAUUUCAACUCCGUAUAUAAGAUCGGGAAGAAGAGAUAGAAACGACAGAGAAACAGGAAAAGAGAGAGAAAGAGAGUGACGGAAAGAGAGAGAUUUUCAGAGAGAGAGAGAGAAAGAGAGGACGUUAGUUUCUUCUGUUAGAACAGAGUGAGCGAGUCAGUCAGUGAGUUUACUGAGUUAGAAGGAUAUUUUAACUCAGUAAUAAUUAACUGUGAAGAGGAUAAAAAAAGGAGGAGAAUUUGGGAAAAAAAAAUGAGUAGUAGUGACAGAAGCGGUGGUGGUGCCGGUGGUGGUGGUGGCGGAGGAGGAGGUGGUGGACGAAUGGGGGUGACGGACCAGGACAUAGCGGAAGCGUUGAGCACACUCCUCCGUGAACAGAAUCCACACAACCCAGCAAUCGGGACCCUCAACGGCAUCGUUCGGCACCUGGAGUCCAAAUUAGGGCUGAAUUUGUCCCACAAGAUUGACUUUAUCCGUUCCCAGAUCCAUCUCUACUUCCAACCACCACCUCCUCAGCCUGUGGUUACUCACCAGCUCCCUAAAGACCAUUUUGUCCUCCACCACAACCCCAAUUUACAACAACACCAUUCCCACCAUGUUGUCCCUUCUCCUCACCACCCUCAUUUCUUUCCUCCCAAUUAUGCCAUUCAGCAUCAUCCUCAGGACUACGGUUAUCGCCCUCCACUGCAACACCACCUUCAGCAGCAGCCCCACCACCCUGCCCAGCCCCCACGCCCGGUGGUUGCCACCCUAGCUGCUCCUACCCCGACAGUAGCCCCUGCAAUUGAAGCUCCUAAAGACAGUGCUGCAACUGGGAAAAAGAGAAGAGGUGGUCCGGGUGGUUUAAAUAAACUUUGUGGUGUUUCACCUGAACUUCAGGCUGUUGUUGGUCAAGCAACAAUGCCGAGGACAGAGAUUGUGAGGCAACUUUGGGCUUAUAUAAGGAAAAAUAACCUUCAAGAUCCUAACAAUAAAAGGAAAAUAAUUUGCAAUGAUGAGCUGCGAGUGGUAUUUGAGACUGACUGUACUGAUAUGUUCAAGAUGAAUAAGCUGCUAGCAAAGCACAUAACUGCCCUUGAACCUACGAAACAGACAGCUCAAAAUUCUAAGAAAGCAAAGGUAGAUGUGGAAUCUGGGACUGGAAGUGAAACUCCCAACGCAACGGAUCAAGAAGUUGUGAUAUCUGUAGCACUUGCGAACUUCUUUGGUACUAACGAAAGGGAAAUGCCGCAGUCUCAAGUAACUAAUCAGAUAUGGGAAUAUGUUAAGGUCAACCAACUUGAGGUUUGUAAUAUUCUGGUCUCCAUUGUACAUAUAAUAUUGUUGUCAGAAGAUGGUUUCUGUAAUUUUACCUCAUGAUUGAUUGACAUAUUAUUUCUAUUUGCUUAAUUAUUGGCUGAUCAAUUGAGAAACACCGAGAUGUUCAUAUUUGCAUACAUUUUGUGGAAAAAUUAUUGGGUACAGCUGCUGUAUCCUGGUUUUUAGUGCAGCAAGUAUUAGCAGCCCCCUAUUUUGGUGGUAUAACUCCCGUAGAAAUUAUCUCUCUCCUCCCAAAAUUACUUCUUUACCCCUAUUAUUGUGUCUGGCUGCACAAUCCUACGUGGUGCAGUAGCUGCACUGAAUAAUUUUUCUAUUUUGUGGGCAAAUCUUAAAUGUGAAUUUAUAUCUGCGAAAUUUUAUGCUUUUGUUUCAGUCUUGCUUCCUGGACGCUGCAUUUGUUCGGAAUCACUUCUGUGACCUAAGCUCUGCCCUUUAAUUACAAUUUCAAUGUCUUAAUGGUGUAAUCCCUCUUUUUGUCCCCUUGGACUUUCAGGACCCCAUGAAUAAGAUGCAUAUCAGAUGUGAUGCAAAACUGCAAGAACUCUUGGGGUGCUCUAGUAUUUCCGCAGUGGGCAUUACAGAGGUGCUAGCAAGGCACCAUCUGUCUAAAAAAUCAUGAAUGCUGAUCAUGUGUUCUGGUGAGUGAUUUUUGCAUAAUUUUUGCUCGAAUUGCUUCUUUUCCUGGCUGCUUUCGUUAUUUCUCAUGACCAACGAAAAAGCUCGUAUUUUUGCAGACAUGUGGUGAUCUGAAUUGCUAACCUGUUGUGAUCUGACAUCAUCUGAAUCCUGAACUACUUAUCAAUUAGGGAUUUUGGAGGCUUCCAAAACAUUAGUUGCUCUAGCUUGUGUGGUUGAGUUAGAAAGCCAUUCAUUGUGAACAGAAUGGGGAUGUACUUUUGUGGGUUGCUAGUUUUUAAAAUGGAUUAGCCAGCAAUUAUUGUAGGGUCUAAAUCUUAGAAAGCUUCAUCAGGUAAUCUCUCUCCUUAAUCUCUCUCCUGGUAGUUUCUAACACUUGUAAAGAUGCACAAGAGUAGGAGGUAAAGAUGUAAAAGAUGAUGAUUCCAUGUACGUUCUGGAAAAUGAAAUAUGUAAUUCUGUAUUUUCGAUGUUCAAUUUGAGCUGCCGUGCCUUUCCUUGUUUUCCACACUAGCCAACUUCACAAUUCACACGUUCGCAGAAGAAUGCAGUUCUCUCUACUGAGAC